AGAGUGAGUUUUAGAGGUUCUCAAACUUUUUUAAUUUCGGGGGCUUUCAUAAAAGUAUUUUCUUGAAUUUCCUCUAACUCACCUAAUUUAUACAUAUUUUUAGUGAACAUAAUCAUUUCUGCUACUUACUGCCUUUUUGAUGUAAUUCGAUGAAAACAUAAUUAAGUUUAUUGAACCAUAUAAACACAGUUGAAAACCACUGAAUGCUGACAAUCAGCUGGGAUUUCGCCAUAUUUGUUUUGAUUGCGUAUGCGUGUGGUCUUGCGUGUGGUCGUGUUUCGGUGGUCUUGGGCUGUGAGUGUAUUCGUCGGUGCAGCGCGAAUGAAGAGUGCUGUUUGGCUCUCAGUUCACUUGCUUCUCUUGUCCUGCUUGGUCGGUUGAGCCUGGCAUUGCCAUUUUGGAAGCCGAAACUCUUCGGUUUGUGACCUGACAAAAGUGAUCAGCGACUCGAGAUCCGGAUUCCAAUUCACAUUACAGUUGGCCUUUUAGGCCACAAAUUCUUAAUUAAUUGAAAAGCGUAUUGAUUUGUGCAUUUGAAAAUAAACUAGCUGCACAGAUAUGUUCUCCAAUGUAACAAAUCAGAUGAGCAGCUGGUUGGGCGGGCUGUCAAAGAAGGUGCCCGACAAUCAAGAAAAUGCUGCCAAUGAGCAGCAUUCAGAGCACUCGGACAAGGAGAAAGAAACACAGGAGUCUAAGACGGAUACCCCAACAUCCCAAAAGUCUGUAAAGGGAUCUCUGGAUGAACAGGACGAUGGAUCAAGCACCACCGAGGGGGCAGACAGCAACGUCAGCUCGCCGGGGGCCUCGCCGACACACGACGGAAACGCCAUCGGUGCGGGAAUGCCCGACAUGUCGGGAGUUUCUGAGAAGUUGAAUCAGAGCGCCAAAACAUUCGGAAGUUUCCUCUCCUCGGCUUUCAAUAAGGCCGGCAAAACCGUCUCAGAAGCAGGCAGCAAGAUCAAGAAGUCGGUGGCCGAAAAUAGCAUGUUGACUGAGUUCAACAAGGAGAACGAGGCUUUCAUCAACAGCAAGAAGUCGCCGUCGGAGGCGGUGGCCCCCUGGGUCGGAUACGCGGACGAGGAGACCCUGAAGGAGCAGAUCCUCGCCCUCUCCACGGACAACCGUAACUUUGUGCGGAGCCCGCCGUCGGGCGUACAGUUCCAGUUCGACAUGGACACCUACAUGCCGAUGGCGGCGGCCGUGCUCAGAGAGGACCCCGAGCUGGAAAAACGCCGCUACGAGCUGGUGCCAAAGGCGAUCAACGAGGAGACGUUCUGGCGCAACUACUUCUACCGCGUCUCACUGAUCCGGCAGUCGUCUGAGCUCAGCUCGCUGGCGCAGGAGGGACACGACUCCAAGGACUCAUCACGCACCUCGUCUGUCGAGGCCGCAGAGCCCGCCAAAGAGACUCGUGAGGAGGAGGAGGCGGCCGAGCGGCCCGACAGUCCUCACGAGUUCGUCUCGGACAGCAUACAGCCGAGCUCGCAGGACCUGGAGGAGGUCCGCGCCGGCAUCCGACAGCUGGGCAUGAAUAAAAAAGCGUCGGCCGCCCGCUAGAGCGCCAGCCGGCCGCCGGCACACGCCCCUCUCCCGCCCGCCGCCUCCGCCUCUCUGUCUGUCUUCACCCCUAUCUAUCUAUCUGCCUGUCUGUCUCUCUGUUUCCGUGUGCGUGCGUUGUGGUGCAUGCGCCUGCUAGCUAGCCAGUCGGUCGGUGGGUAGCGCGUGCAGCGAGGCGUGCGGCCGGUGGUCAGAGCGCGCCAUGUGCCCUCUCUGUCGGCCAGAUGAGGACUGGGAGCGAGAGCUGAACGCCGAGCUGGGCGAGUACGAGCUCGUCCAGGAAGACAGCAACGGUGACUGGGAGAAGGACAUUGAGCAGAUGCUGGAGGACGAGGAGCCGGAGGCGGACCUCAAGUGAUCCCGCCGCCGGCCACUGUCGUCCUCGCUCGCUGCCGCGCGCUCCGGCGGCCGGCCCGCCGCCACUGCCGUCGCUUGUGCCGCCGCCGCCGCCGCCCGCACGCCGCCUGUCACCCUGCCUCCCUCCCCCUCCCCCGUCGCUCCGUCUCGCUGUAGCAGGUAGCUAGCAGCAUGCCCGUCCCGCUUGGCUCCUGUCUCACCGCACCUGUUGGAGAGCCGCACUCUGCGGCAGAGGCGGCGCGCCACAGCCAGAAGCGGCGCACCUGCAGGCUUUCGGGCGCCAGCUAAUGAAGCAUUCCUCCAGGGCGGCCGCCGCCGGGAGGCCGCGAGUCGGUAACGUGGGCACUCCGCGGCCAGCGCGGCCGCGCGGACAAUGUGUUUACCAGGAUUUAUCGAUAUAUCACUGUGUACUUGUGUAUGGCCGGGGCACCUGUGUGCAGACUGUUGAUGUUUUGUAGUGAGUUGCUGCGCGCCGCUGUAUUUAUCGAGGGCGCUCGGUGCGUCGUUUCAGUGUUUUUCUCGCCGUGCGUGUGUGAAUGUUUGAUGUUCUAUCCCCGGGUAGGGCGACCCCGGGAGACGACCGCGGAGCCGUCCGCGGCCGGAUCGCUGAGACGCAUUACACGCCAGAAGGGGAACUAUA